AUAAAGCGGAGGAGGAGGCGGCCGUCCGUGAGGUUUGAGUUCUGGAUCUCAGGAGGGGAACAUGUGAGCGGGGAAUGGGCGACUGGAAACAGGAUUAUUGUUGUACACAGCAGAGAGACGCAGGAGGGGCCCGGGACAGAGAAAUUGGGGGGACUAUCUGGCCAAAGAUGAACACCAUCGUGUUUAACAAGCUGAGCAGCCAGGUCCUGUUCGAGGAGAAGGCGAAGGAGGUGGAAAUGAGCAGCAGAAAUUAUUUGGAGGUCAUCGACGGGCAGCAUCCGGACCUCCUCUCCAGCAGCCAGACCAUCAGAGACAACCAGGCCAUCAGGCACAGGCGGAGCGGGGGUCGUCCCAGCGGCGGCAAAGUGCGACACAAGCGCCAGGCCCUGCAGGACAUGGCGCGGCCGCUCAAGCAGUGGCUCUACAAGCACCGAGACAACCCCUACCCCACCAAGACCGAGAAGAUCCUGCUGGCCCUCGGCUCGCAAAUGACCCUGGUCCAGGUGUCCAACUGGUUCGCGAAUGCCAGGAGGCGGCUGAAGAAUACGGUGAGGCAGCCAGACCUGAGCUGGGCGCUCAGGAUCAAGCUCUACAACAAAUAUGUCCAGGGCAACGCCGAGAGGCUGAGCGUCAGCAGCGACGACAGCUGCUCAGAAGAUGCUGACAACCCCCAGAGGACACAGAGUGGCCCCGAGGAGCUCACCAAACCCAUGUACCAGAGCGUGAUCAAGAAGGAGGGCUCCUCCAUGGUGGGCAUGGCCAUGGGCAUGGGCGCGGGGCUGCGCUCGGCCGCCUCGCUGACCGACGACUACGUGUCCCCCCCCAAGUACAAGAGCAGCCUGCUGCACCGCUACCUGAACGACUCGCUGCACCACGUCAUGGUGGCCAACGCCGUCAUGGACGCUCGCAAGAGGAACCACUCCGGCUCCUUCAGCUCCAACGAGUACGACGACGAGCUGCUCUCGCCGUCUUCCUCCGAGGCUGAGGCGAACUUUGUUUAUCGGGCUGAAACCACAGACCAUGGAUCAAGUAAAUGUGACAACGGCAGAGGCGUCGUCGGAGCUGUGCAGAAGGAGAAGGCGAAGGGCAAAGACGAGACGUACUGGAGGGAGAUCAACGCCGCCAUGGCCUUGACCAACCUGGCGCAGGGGAAGGACAGGGCCUCUGGUACCACCAGCUGCAUCAUCCAAAAGUCCUCCCAUAUAGCAGAGAUCAAGACUGUUAAAGUGCCACUGAUGCAGAAAUAUUAGCCCCCCGACGUCGUCUUGCGUCUUAACAUCUCUCUAUGCAAAAACCAGACAGACAUUCCUGUUUCAGUGUCCGAAUAGGCUCCCACCUGAGAGAAUGAAAUGAAAAGACAACUGUUGUUCGAGGAGGAGAGGGGUGUUUGACAUGAGAGAGUGUGAAACAAAAAAAACAAAAAAAAGAGCGCUCUCAUUCUUUUCUUGACUAAAAAGAGGCCUUGACCAUCAUUUUCCUUUGCUGGGUUGAUGUGCGACAGACAAGUGUUGAUGAUACUUCCACUGCAGUAUUUCCCUUAAAACAAGACGAUUUUUUAAUGUUAACUUAUUUUUGAUAAGUCUGAUUUUUUUUUUUUUAAUUUCUAUUCUUCCUUUUUUUUUAAUGCUACAAAAAUUUGUAUUUUUGCCAAAGUGCCUUUUCGUUGUUUAGAUGAAAUAACUCGCCGCCUGCGGUCGAUGUGACGCACGGACGCCGAGGUGCCUCUUUGUAGAAUUUUGUGAAGGAAAUAUUUGACGAAGUUCAGAGUUGCAGACGUGACUCAGGACCUCCUCCGCGACAGCCUUGUGCCUUAAGGACUAAGCGAGCUUGCUGUUGGUGGACUCAAACAGCACACACACACACACACACACACACACACACACACACACACACACACACACGCCGAUGCACACACUCACAGAAAAUACCUUGAAGUAAUUUCCUUAAAGGCAUUGUUCUUGUUUUGACUGGGGUCUUCAUAUUGACUGUAAACCGAACACUGUUUUGUCUCAGUCGGCCUCUUGCUGCUUGCAGGCCAACAAUAACUUUUGCGUACGCAGAUAAGUUGCCCUAACGUGAGCAGCAGAUUGGGAAGCAGCCAGUGUUCUCCGCCUUUUUUUUUUUUUUUUUUUCUCUCCACAUCACGGCCAUGGAUUUCAUCGACCUGGGCGAAGGAUUCCUUUCUUAUCUGGGCUCCGGGUUGCUGAAACGUGCGCGAACGCUCAGCUGGAAACCCAAAUGGAGUCACGUUCGCCCGCUCAGUGACACACAUCUACGCAGAUCUGCAGGCGAGGCCCAUUACGGUUAUCUGCUCCGACGGAAGAAUGCCACGACCUAAAAGGGAUGUUUUUGCUUUGCGUUAUCACUUUUUUUUUUUUUUUUUUCCCAUGGACAGUGUUGCCUUUUCACAUGUUUGUGCUCAGAAACAAGAUAGUCAGGAGUGAACGUGAAUUAAAAGAAAAAAGAAAAGAAAAGAAAAGCCAGCACCAGCUCCCCCAGCCGUUUGAUCCCCGGCGCUCUCAGCUGUUUAGCAUUACAUUCAAAUUGCUGUUUACAAGAAGCCAGAGGGUAGGCUUAAGAGUUUGACUUUCUCCCCCUCACUUCUUCUUUUUUCUUUUUUUUUUUUUUGCCUUUAAAAAAUACAUUCCAGUAUUAUCUAUCUGUCGGCCAAGCAGAAGUUCAAAGUAUCUGUUAUUGUCAGUCUGUGUAUGUGUGGUUGUUUUGUUUUUUAACAAAUCGUUGUACUUUGGUUUCACUUAACCGUGCGGCAUUAAGAGCUUCUUUUGUCAUCCGAUGGGGGGGAAAAAAAAAAAGUCUCCUCAUGUACGGUGCAUGUUAUAGAUGUCUGCAGUGUACGAUGCCAAACUCACAAGCUGGGGGAAACCAAGUGAACCUUAUGGGAGAAACUGAAGUUGGCUCUCUGUGCUGACUUUUCAAUUUUAUGUAUAUCUUCAAGGUACUGUUUAUGUGUGUCAAAAUGUACACUCCUACAUAAAUUAUGCAGUUUUUCUCUUUUUUUUUUUGUGGACAACCCGGACUGUGCUUGUGGUCGAGAGCUACGAAAGGGAGUGAUGCUGCACAAAGUGACUUUUUGACCUUUUUUUUUUAUAUACAUGCAAAAAAAGUCAGAAAAUACACAGGCUCCAUUGAGAAGGUGUGGUUGAAUGUGUUUUUUUUUUACAUGAAGGUUGAAGAGAAGGAAAAUAAACGAAGGACAACCCUAUAUUAUUCCUGUUAGCGUGCCUAUGGAAGUAUCAUGAAAUCAAUCGCACUAGCCAAUCCCCAGGCACUAUUUGCUUAUGCAAUGGGGGUUGAGAGCUCCCACAUAUGUUUUUUAUACACUUGAUCCAGGCAGGGUAGCUGCGGGGUAGUGCCGGGACAGCUCCUUGUGUUUCCAAUCGCACCUCUGAACCUCUGGACCACUCGCGACCCUCGCACCUCACACGAUACCCCGAGCGAGGGGAAGGAGGCUCGGGAGACAACAGAGCAGCCUUUUGUCGUUCCCACCUGCGGUCGCUGCCCGACGACGACAACACGAGUACAAGCCAAAGGGGUUACCACAGCCAACACUUUGGUACUGUACAUACCUUCCUCCAGCACGAGCCGCGCCAUCACAACCAUGCUGACAAGUGGGAAGCAGCGGCGUGCAUUAAAGCCUAUAAAUUAUUAUUACAGACUUUGUAAAGAAAAAAAAGUGGUGACCAUAGUUUUUUUUUUUUUUAUUAUUAUUGUUAAGUUAUAUAAAUUGAGAUUUCUGUCUGUUUGUUUUGAUAGAGACUGGAUUUUCAAUCCAAUGACCAAAUGCAUAUCUCCUCGUUGCUCAUGUAAAGUUUU